CGUUUCCACCCACCCAAAAAUGCCCCAACCAACCUCCCCUGCCCACCCCUCACCAACCCUCCGCCAACAAGUCCUAACCCUCGACGCCGCCCUCGCAACCAACCUAAAGCACAUCACGAAACAAAGACAACAACUCAUCGCGCGAGGCUUAGUUCCUGCGACUGCUAUUAUUUGUGAUGGAUGUGGUGGUGAGAAGAUAGGUUCUUGUGAUAAGAAGGGGGAGAAAGAGGACGAGGAAGUGAAGAAAGAGUAUGAGAAGAAGAAAUGGGUAGAGUAUGGAGUUAUCGUUGUUGUUUCGGUAGCGGUGAUUGUUGUGUGGAAGGUUGUGGAGAGGGUAAGGCGGUGGAGAUAG